AUGCCUCAUUCCGUGCAUUCGACACGCGAGAGCUCGCCUAUGCCUGCGGAGGAGCUGUCAGCCAAAUACUGGAACUUCAACGUGCCGCGCGAGCGAUGGACUGAGGAGUGCCCGACAUUUCUUCAAGGGCUGCCAGAGAAGAGCAAGCGGGUCUUAUCGUCGUACGAUGGAGACUACGUACAGACGACUUGGGACGAGGCCAAGGCUUUAAUCAACAUCAACCGUAUCGAUCUAUUCCAGCGGUCUCCAACAGCUUUGCGACGCUACCUCAAGUUUAUGCACGAUCUCAAGAAGCAACACGGCUCAGUCAUGGCGUUUGUGCAACAGCACCGCCUGCAUUGGGCAAGCGCCACUCCUUCGGCAGAUCCACCCUUCUCGAAUCCCGCCGACUACAAGAUUCUGUACAACGACUGGCCGUACGGAGUUGAUCCGGAUAUUGUGCAUCUCGUGGUCUGGACGAAGUUCAAUCUAGAGGACGACCCUGCUACCGACGAUCUGACAUCCAAGGCUAGACAGGAGAUCGAAGAAUUCGUGGUCAGGACGUUUUGCGGAGAAGACGGCAUAGCCAGGGACCAGCUCAUUUGGUUCAAGAAUUGGUCCUCCUUGAAGAGUAUACACGCACUCGAACAUUUCCAUGUCAUGCUUUACAAGCCCUCAUCGGCGUUCGUGAAGAAGAUCACCGGAGGUGACCGCCCAAUAUCGGCCACGGUUACGGAAUAG